AUGCCUCAUCAUAUUACUGACAAUGAGAGCAAUACAGAAGAACUCGCUGAGGGAUCUCGUAGCAUCCUGUUGAACAUUGCCUCUCAGCUGACAAAAGGCAUGGACUUGCACCGAGUUACAUUGCCAACAUUUGUACUCGAACCUAGAAGUAUGCUUGAACGUAUCACGGACUUCAUGGCACAUCCUGAAUUCAUUUUGCCAAUCUCUGACAUCGAUGAUGCUACCCAACGAUUCAUUGCGGUAGUCAAAUGGUUCUUGAGUGGAUGGCACAUCAAGCCAAAGGGCGUCAAAAAGCCAUUUAAUCCUGUACUUGGUGAAUUCUUCCGUUGUCGAUACAAGUACCAAGAUGGAACGGAGGCAUUCUACAUUGCCGAACAAGUAUCCCAUCAUCCACCUGCUUCAGCUUAUUUCUACACAUGUCCUCAGCACCAAGUGGUCAUCACUGGCGACUUGAGACCUAAAUCCCGUUUCUAUGGCAACAGUGUAGCGUCCUUAAUGCAAGGUACAAUCAACUUUAUUCUGCCCUCAAAACACAAUGAGCUCUAUCAAGUCAAAAUGCCCAACAUGUAUGCUCGAGGCGUAUUGUUCGGCACAAUGACGUUAGAAUUAGGUGACGCUUCGACUGUCAGAUGUGUUUCAAGUGAUCUGAUUUGCGAAAUGGACUUUCAAACAAAGGGAUUCUUCUCUGGUCAACCUAAUUCUGUAGUGGGUAAAAUCAAGAGAGAAUCUACACAAGAAAUUUUAUACGAAAUCAGCGGUCAAUGGUCUGGAGAACUCUUUAUCAAAAAGUACACACCUCCUGAAAAGAGUAGUAUCACUGGAUUGUUGUCCCUCACAAAAAAGAGCACUAAAGACGAAGAGAAGCCUGAUCUGAUGGUAGAUGUGCGCGACUAUGUUAAAUAUCCCUUACAAGUACCAGAGAACCAAGACGAAAAGGAAUCCAGAAGACUGUGGGCUAAAUUAACUGAAGGGUUGCUAGCCAACAACCAAGACAUGGCUACGGAUGAAAAGACCAAAGUAGAGGAUGAGGAGCGUGCUUUGAGAAAAGAGCGUGAAGCAAACAACAUUGAAUGGAAGCCUCGCUUCUUUGAUGUGGAUGGAGAUGAUUACAAAUUCAAGGGCAUAGACAAGUAA